AUGCACCACAUCAUUAACGCUCCCCUUUCGUCGUCACGUGGAAACAGAUCCAUACGUGGGUACACACUUCCCAGCAGGGACAUGAAGAUGACAAGUAGGGUUUUCAUGCUUUCGGCAGCGCUCGCCGCGAGCACGCGCGGACGAAAUGGGGUCAGCGCCUUCGCUGUGCUGGGCCGCCUGCGGCCGUCGUCGGCAGCAGGCGCGAGCAGCUUCGCCGGCAAGGCGCUGCCCGCGGCGGUUGCACCGAGGUCGUCGCCCGUCGCCGCUUUCACGUGCGCUGACGGCAGCCGUGGCAGCAGAAACUCUAUGGGGAUGAUGUUCUCGAACCCUUUUAAGAAGAAGGAGGUCAACUACGAGGAGCUGGAGGGCGGGGCAGCAGAGGCGGCUAGGGCAGCGCUGAAGGGGGAGGUGCCGUCGAAGAGCGAAGCUGGGCACGACAUCGCGACGUUCGCUGGUGGAUGUUUCUGGGGGUUGGAGCUGGCCUUCCAGCGCGUGCCUGGGGUGGUGGCGACGUCCGUGGGGUACACGCAGGGCGCUGUGGAGAAGCCCACGUACGGCGAGGUUUGCAGCGGCUCUACCGGACAUACGGAGGCGGUGCAGGUAUACUACAACCCUUCGGAGGUGUCUUUCGAGGAGCUGUGCGGAGUCUUCUUCGGCCGCAUCAACCCCACGCAGGUUAACGGCCAGGGGGCCGACAGGGGCACCCAGUACCGAACGGGGAUCUACCCCCACACCAAGGAGCAGUCUGACGUGGCGCUGAAGGUGAUGGAUGAGUUGCGGGGCAACUACAAGCAGCCGAUCGCUACUGAGAUCGAGGGCGCCAAGGUCUACUGGCCGGCAGAGUUGUACCACCAGCAAUACCUCGCCAAGGGUGGUCGCAACGGCAUGCCCCAGAGCGCGGAAAAAGGAGCCACGGAAACGAUCCGCUGCUACGGCUGAAUGCGGCUGACGAUCGAUCGAAGUUGUCUCUUUUUCUUUUUUCUCGGAAGGCCGCGGUUGACACAAGACUAAAUACGCCUUUCGUUCGAAGCUGCCAUCUAGAGUGUUGUGUAGAAAGGCGGUUUCUUCUUUUCGGGUGGAAACAUACGCGGUAUUUUUCGUACGGCAAGUAUAUGACUUGUCAUUAAUUGUUGAUUUGGGAUUGAUUGCGUCUAGUCUAACCCUUGUUUAUCUACAGAAAAGAGGUGUGGUGCCGUCCAGCUCCCCCCCCCCGCGCGCGCUUGUUGCGAAUCGCCAGGGAAUCUUGGAGAGAGAGAGAGACAGCAGGCAGAAACUUUCCGAGGUCUGCUGAGUCAUGCAAGCCCUGGGCGGGAGGGGGAGUGACCCCGAUAGAUUUAUUUGUGCUGACCUGUAUUUCUGCUCUGUGUCGUUGAUCGAGGACGGGGUUAUUCUUAUAUCAAGCCAUUUCAUACCCGCCCUCGAAAACAUGGUCAGGCGGUCUGUGCUGGUAAGCACUUGGCGGGCAUUCUUGUCAUGUGGUGACGUAUGAUGCAAGAGUAGCCUUUGUUGGACGGGAGCCCGGGCCGUGGGGAGGUCGGGUCUGGUGUGCAUUUUUGGUUUGCACAUAUAUAUAUAUAUAUGGUGUCGAACGUCGACAACGGAUAGUGAGGAAUGAUGUCCAUGAACGUUUUGCGGUGUUUGUGCGUGUUGCACGGCAGGAUGAUGUUUCGCGGGGCGAAUCAGCUGAUAUGUUCAACGGCUGACUGUAGGAGCUUGUUGAUUUCGAAAAAGCGAAAAAAAAAAAUGUUGUCAUCCCUCAUUUGCCAUGGUCAAGCGAAACCGAGAGAUUCUCCUGUCAGCUGUACAAUACUGCUGUCACGAACCCCCACCGCGUCGGCCGAUAAAUUGCUUCGCCGCAAAAUAAAUUGGGGGCAUAUCCCGUAGCCAGCCCCCAAAAAUGUAUUAGGUGCAGCAGCAGGGCAGCGGUUAGGUGUUUUUGGAGGUGGUAGCACCACGUGUUUCGUCGAUCAUUCCAGGCAUCAGACAAAAGGGGGCACGUGGCAUGUAUUCGGUCGGUGACAAAGUGCAAUGCAGAAGAGUAGCAUGUAGCGUAGGUGCUCCCAAGUUCGGACAUUGAUUCCUCUCUGGUAUGUGGAGAGGGAAGGCGACAUGUUAUUCUGGUCUACACGGCAGCGCUAUAAGGUGGUAUCCCCGUCGUGUUUUCCACUUUGACCUGCCUCGAAGGAUUUAUGCAUGAUGUGGAUCCGAUGGAUCUUCCCCACCCGCGCACCCACCCACGCC